AUGCGCGCCCAAGUCCUAGAACGCUUCAACGCCCCUUACACCUUCACGACCACCCACCCUGAGCCGCCUCCACCCCAGGGACAUGAACUCCUCGUACACGUCCGGGCGGCCUCGUACUGCCACACAGACGCGGUCUUCGCGUCCGGCGCUAUGCAGCAGGGCUUGCCGCGCGUGGGCUCCCAUGAGUUUUCCGGUGUCGUCGAGAAAAUCGGUCCCGACGCGGAGAAGAUAGCGGAGGCGAAAGGGCUGAAGGUCGGAAGUCUAGUAGGAGUGCCGGGGAGGGCGUUCAACGCGUGUGGCCAGUGCAAGGAGUGUACGGAGAACGGUGGGGACAUGAAAGGGUAUGGUGUUUGGUGUACACGAGCAGGGAAUCUAGGCAUGACCAAGGACGGCGGGUUUCAGGAGUGGUGUCUUGUGGAUGCCCGGCAGGUCGCCCGUGUCCCUGACGUGGGAAGCAUGCGGGCAGCGGAUAUUGCGCCGCUGAUGUGCGCGGGAGUCACGGUUUGGAAUGCGCUGGAGACCGCCGGUGUGGAUGUUUCUGGCGGGAAGGGGAAUGGCGAAGGCAAAUACAUUGCAAUUCUGGGAGCCGGCGGUGGAUUAGGACAUCUGGGGGUGCAGUUUGCGGCGAAGCUGGGGUGGAAUGUAGUCGCCGUGGACACGACGCCCGCAAUGGGGAUGCUGAAGGAGGUGGUUGAAGGACUUGGGGAGGAUGGCAAGAGAGUCACGACGGUGGAUGUAUCGAAGGAAUCGGUUGAUGACGCGAAGAAGCGCAUCUUUGGCGAGGCUGAAAAGGGGCUGGAGGGUGAGAAGGGUUGCGACUCGUCCAUCAUCCUCCCUGAAUCACAAGCCGCCUUUGACUUUGGAAUGAGUGUGCUGAAAAACCACGGCACGUGUGUCUGCGUUAGUUUCCCAAAAGAUGGAUGGAAAUUCAAGCCCGGCGACCUGGUUUUUCGACACAUCAAGCUGCUGGGCGUCUUGACUGGGAGGAAUCGACAGUUGCAAGCCAUGGUGGAUUUUGCGGCAAAAACAGGUGUGAGGGCAAAGAUCAGGACAUACCCGCUGGAGAAGCUGAAUGAGUUGGUCGAGGACUAUCAUCGGGGUGUGGGUGGAAAGUUGGUCGUGGAUAUGGAGAUGAAGCCGUAG